CAUCUUUGGAAAAGAAUUUAAGCUAUUGAAUUGAAAAUGAGCAACAUGAUUAAGGAUGAGACUGAAUAUUUCACCUGAAUAGGAGACUUUCUCCUUACAUAAACAAACAAGCUCACUAGCGAAGAGACCCAACUCUAGUAAUGGCUUCGUUUCCCUUUUUUACUUUCUCCACCAAUUCCUUGAUCCUUUUAGUACUCCUAAACCUGACUUAUUUAUUGGCUGCAAAGCACAGCAAGUAUGCUUCUCACCACAACCACUACCACCACCACCACCACCCUCUGGCUGCAUCCAACGCUAGACUCCACCAGGCAUCCAACGAUAGACUCCACCAGGCUUUUAUUGCACUUCAAGCAUUGAAACAUGCCAUUUACUCUGAUCCAAAAAACUACACCACCAGCUGGGUUGGCCCUUCAGUUUGCAGCUACGAAGGUAUUUACUGUGCACCGGCUUUGGACAAUCCUGAAAUCCAAGUUGUUGCUGGGAUUGACCUCAACCACGCUGACAUUGCUGGAUUCCUCCCCGAUGAAUUAGGCCUUCUAACAGACCUUGCACUCAUUCACUUGAAUAGCAAUCGCUUUUGUGGCAUCCUACCUUUAACUUUGGCCAACCUUAGUCUCCUCUACGAGCUUGAUCUUAGUAAUAACAGAUUUGUAGGCCCUUUUCCUACUGUUGUGCUUUCUCUUCCUACUAUAGGCUAUCUUGAUCUUCGUUUCAACAAUUUCGAAGGGCCGGUUCCUCCUGAACUAUACCAAAAAAAGUUGGAUGCAAUAUUCCUCAAUGACAACCGUUUGACUAACAUAAUUCCAACUGGUGUAGCCGGAAGCUCAGCAUCGGUUCUGGUGUUUGCUAACAACAAUUAUGGGGGCUGUCUUCCUCCAAGCAUUGUCCACUUUGCCAACACUUUAGAGGAACUUGUACUGAUAAACACAAACUUGACAGGAUGUUUGCCACAAGAGGUUGGUUUUCUCUACAAAUUGAGGGUCUUGGAUGUGAGCUUCAACAACAUUGUUGGUCCUAUACCUUACAGCAUUGCAGGGUUAGCCCAUUUGGAGCAACUGAAUUUAGGCUUCAAUAAGCUGAGUGGCAUUGUACCAGCAGGUGUUUGUAUGUUGCCUGACUUGGCAAAUUUCACGCUCUCUAAUAACUUUUUCUGUGAGGAAGAAGGGAUAUGCCAGAAUUUGACAUCCAGAGGCAUCGUGUUUGAUGAUCGUCGGAACUGUUUGGUGGAAAAACCUAACCAACGGAGCAAGAGAGAAUGUAAUGCUGUGCUCGAGCAUCCAGUUGAUUGCUUCGAGCAUCCUUGUGAAUGUGGUGAAGCUGCUGCUUUUCCUCCUACAAUCUCUCCAAUGCCUACAUCAGUGCCUCUGCCUUCCCCUUCCAUUGCUCCUACACCCUUGUAAAUAAGCCUUAAUGAGCAUGUCAAUAAUUUUAAAGCCAAUAAGGUCUAAAGUUGGUUAGUUUGUGAAUGAUACAUGACCCUUUUGUAUAUACUCCUAUGCAAAAAGCUUGUACAAUGAAUUUGUGUGUGAAAUUUAUGAGUGAGCAAGACUUUACCA